AUGGCCGGGGAGAAGGGUGAGGAUUUUCCAGAGAGAGAGGUUUCCCGAGGCCGAAAAAGCUCUUGCGAGGAACCUCCAGCCACAACAACAUCUGAGAAAGAUGGAUUGCACGUGAGGACUUCGUUGGACCAGGGCUCCGAACCGCCUCCAGCGAAUGAGGAGCAACGGCGAAGUGAAAGCAGAGCGUCUAUGUUAUCAGCGCCUCACGAUGACUCGCCAACAACAGUCCAUCCCUCCAGGUUGUCCUGGGCUGUUAUGGCCGGGAAGGGUGCCACUGGAGCAAAGUUGGAUAUGCGGAGCGUGGCGAUCCCUUCGCAGGAUGAUCUCACAACACCAGCCACGCCUGUAUCGGCCAUACGGGACCUACUCUCCAGUCGUCCUGCUUCGCCAGCAGGGCUUCCAGUCAGUCGAGGUGAAGACGAAGCAGUGCCAUCAGGUCCAGCUCCCUCGGGCUCAAGCGUCUCCCAGUGCGGUGGUUCGGUUUCCAGGGGAAGUGGUCGCAAUUCCAAAUCUCGCAAUAGCACUACGCCCAUUCAACAAACAAGGCAGACAAGCCGACCUAAUAGUCCAGCUCCAACUAUGCCUGAUUCGACUCCGCUGGUCCAACAAGAAGGCCAGGAGAAGCAACUCAGCGCCCCAGCUCUAGAUACAGAUCCCAUUGAGUCGACUGAGUCAAAAAGGCUCGUGGAGAUGAGGAAGUUUCUGAGAAGCCUCGCGGAAUCACACGACAUUCUCCACUUAGUCAACGAGGAGCCGGCACCCACAACAUGCGAGGCGCUCUUCAAGAACUUUGCCUCAAAAGUCUCUGAAGAAUGCAGUACGAGUCAUAAAAAGCUUCAGGCCGAGAAUUCAAAAUUCGAGACCUCGUCUCAAGCACACGCGCAGCUUGAGGGCGAGAAGACUGCACUGCAAGAGAUCGUCGCGAAGCAAGCAGACAAACUGGGCGAAUUCGGCUUACUGGAGAAAAAGGCACAAGAACUUGGUGACCAGGUCAAAAGCUGUAUGGCCGAGCGAUACAGAUUCAAGUCGGACCUACAAGCAAAUCAAGAGAAGCUCAAGAUGACCGAGAACGAGCUCAACGAGAAGGAAAUUGCCCUCCAGCACCUCACAGCCGAGCACAACGAGGUCCAGAUGCGCAGCCAGCAGAUGGCUCCUCCCAUGAACGAGGAAGAAUUGAAAAACAACAUCUACGAGCUCCGAGAUAAGCUCGAGGACGAAAUCACGGCCAAGGCGGCAGCGGAGCGCAAACUUGAGGAGGAGACGGGCAGAUGGCAGGCCAAGGAGAUGCGGUAUGAGGACCAUAUUUAUUACAUGGAAAACCAGGUGGUGGCCUACCAAAAGCAAGUCAAGGAAGCGGAGGCUUUGACCGAGAACUAUCAGAAGCAAUUGGUGGAGCAGACCAGGAAAGCCUUCCAAGCCCAAAUCGAGGCGGAAAACAUGGCUUUCACCGUCGAUCACAAGAUCGUUCCCCUUGCCAAAUUUCGUAAGCUCGUCGAUAAUGCGAGGGGCGAGAUAUCAGACUUGGAAAAGCGGCUCGUUCAAGCAGAGACUGAUCGCGACGUUGCCCAAAAUCAAAACGUUUCCAUGGACGAUGUGCGCGACAUGGUCAUGGGAGAGCUCGUCGGUUUCUACAGUCUCGCUAUGGAGGAUGCCGUGAGCAACCUCUACAGCAACUGGCGGGAAGAGGAAGCUAGAUUAUCGGACUUGGUGUGCGAUGGCAACGAUGGCUUCCACAGAUACCCUCACGCCGUUGUGCUUUCCGACGAAAAGCCUUCGCAGUCGCUGUCUGAUGAUUUGUUCUCGCCCCCCAAGCGAGGUUCUGGGGCGGUGGCGUUGAAAUCCCACGCAUCGCAGACCGAGAGCGAGCCUGAGGGGAGACUUAACCUCGCGAAUGAGCUCGAAGGCUGCAACAGCCAGUCCUCCAUGGCAAGAUGA